GUAAACAUGGCGGACUACGGAAAUCAAUGGGAAGGUGCGACACGUUGCAGACGCAGUUUUCUGACUUGCGGAAGCAAGCACGGCAACUUGAGAAUGAGAUUGAUUUGAAGUUGGUGUCAUUUAGUAAAUUAGGAACCAAUUAUAGCGCAGUCAAAGAUUAUGGUGGCUCUGCAAACAGUGGUGUCCAACAAACAAAAUUGGAAAGUGACAAAACAUCGAGUUAUUCUCGUUACAGUGACACAUCGCCUCUUCUCAACAAAUCAAGUAGUGAACACAUGUUUGAGACCAUGGCCAUGGAGAUAGAACAGUUACUAGCUAGGCUCACAGAGGUAAAUGAUCGGAUGGCAGAUUUCACGCAGAAUGUCAGUAUGAAUGCGGGGAGUUCAGCAUUACUACACACACUGCAAAGGCAUCGUGACAUCUUACAAGAUUAUUCACACGAGUUCCAGAAAACCAAAGUCAACAUUUCAGCUUUCAGAGACCGGGAAGAUCUUCUCGGAUCAGUAAGAAGAGAUAUUGAUGCUUAUAAAAAUGCAUCGGGUUUGAAUCGACGGACAGAACUUUAUCUGAAAGAACAUGAGCAUUUACGGAGUUCUGAUAGACUUAUUGAUGACCAAAUAAACGUUGCAUUAGCUACAAAAGAGAACCUGUUGUCACAGAGAGGCACAUUUUAUAACAUCUCACAGAAGAUGAGCAAUUUCACCAGUCGAUUUCCAGUCAUCAAUAACCUUGUUACAAAGAUUAACUUUCGGAAAAGGAGGGAUACAAUAAUCAUUGCCUGUGUGGUGGCACUUUGCCUCAUACUCUUAUUGAUCUACCAAUUCCACUAGUCAUCGAUAUCAGAUGCUGUGUAAGAACAGUUGUAGAUCGAUGAGUAAAACUCUUUCGGAUGACAAAAUAUUUCGAGGUGUUACCUGUAGUAAUUUUAACUGUAAAGUGCUACAAAGAACUCUCAAUUCUCUUUGGUUUGAUUGUGUUCUGAAGUCAAACUCUACUUUCUCUUGGUGCUGGAGUAUUUAGAAAGUUUGUGUGCCUCAGUACUGAGAAAAAAAUAGCAGUCACCUUUCUGAAGCUCAUAUUGGUUUGGUGAUAUUCACGAAAUAUUAUUUGUGUAUGACCUUGAUAUACCUACUGUAAUGUAACUCACCCUCUCGAGUUUGAAUACUCCAUGGAAGUGUAAGCAUCUUUAUGAGUUACCAAAGUUACAUGUUUGAUCUUAAUAUACAUGUAUACUCCUGUAAAUAUGUAGUUGCUCUUGUAAAUAAAUAUAAUAU